AGGCCGACACAUGUCCUGCUUUAGUCUCAGUGGAUAACAAGCCUCCGACAGUCUGACAGAACAACAGCACUGCUGAGAGGACAUGAGAGGAUACCGAGGCGUUAAGUACACCUUAUUCAUCUUCUGCUACUUCUUUUGGGUUGUGAGUGCCAUACUUACAGCAGUGGGGAUCUAUGCUAAGAUCGCCAGAGAGAAAGAUGUGGUUGACACCCUGACGGUUGAUCCCGCUCUACUGUUGAUCGUCGUCGGCUCUGUGAUGUUCCUCAUCACGUUCCUCGGAUGUUUCGGGGCACUGCGUAACACCAUCUGCUUGCUGAAGAUGUUUGUGGGACUCCUGGUGGCCAUUUUACUCUUGCAGAUCGCAGCUGCAUUCGUGGGAUACUUUUUCACUGAUACGGUGAUGGAGAGAACUGAGAGGCUGAUGAUGAAGGCAAUUGAACGAUACAGGGAGGACCAAGACCUGGAGAACGCCAUUGACUUCAUCCAGAAGAAGUUCCAGUGCUGUGGAGUUGAAAGCUAUAAAAACUGGUCCCGUAACGCCUACUUUGAGUGUUCGGACACCAACCCGAGUCUGGAGGCCUGUGGAGUUCCCUUCUCCUGCUGCAUUCGCUUGCAGAACCAGACUGUACUGAACACCAUGUGUGGUUAUGGGAUGCAGCAGCUGGAGGAGAAACUGGCCCGUCAAGACAUAUUCACCAUCGGCUGCCUGGAUAAAAUUGUCUGGUGGGCCAAACACAAUCUGCUUCUGGUGGCUGGUCUGACCGCCGGCCUGCUGCUGCUCGAGGUCUGCAUGAUAGCUUUGGCUGCUGUUCAGAUCUGCUGGAUAAAAAACGUCCUACAGCGACAGGAAAGAAAAGCAGCUCAAAGCAAAUCGCAGAGGAAGGAGAGCCUCUGGUUUCCUCCUUUUGCAGAGUUUGAUGAUUAAUAAAACCCUUUGUUGAGAAAGUGGGGGAUGCUGUGUUUACACUGUGAAUUUAUAGGUUUGAGCUGUGGAUUUGAGGUUUGUACAGUGGGUGAACGCAUCGAUGCUGGGCUCCAGGAGGCAGUUGAAAUACUACCUCGUGUAAAGCCCUGAAACUCAGUUUUGUCAUUUUUAUGUAGCGCUCAGUGUUUCUCUUGCUGCCUUUCUACUAAACAGAAUUUAUAAUUCACCAAAAAGAUCUGAGUUAGUCAAAACAUGACAUGAACAGAUAUGUUUUUUAUAAUGUGAAAAUGUUUCAUUAUCAUAUCAUGUGCAAGCUGUUCUUUGGUCAGUGAAAUAAGUCAGUCAGCCUCGUUCUGUCCAGUGUGAAGGCUUGUAAAGCUUAAAGUAAGCAUAGUUAAUGCUGUGAAAGCCUAAUGUAUUUCUAAAGCUAUCCAAGUACAUUUGUCACUCAGCCCCACUCUCCUGGCUGACUAAUCUCCCCGACCUCCUGAUGCCUGCGUUGCAUGUUUAUCAGCCAGGAGACUGAAGUUUGCGUCCUGUUUGUGGGACCUUCUGCAGCCUUUCAUCCCACUUGCUGUUUUGUUUUCAGCCGCCUGCACUAAAAGCUACUCGCUUUGGGCUUGUGACUCUGGAUGCAAUGUGACCCUUUACACUGAGGAAUGACAAACGCCAAAGGACACCUUGUGCAUAACUGAAGCACACCUGCUGCUUUAAUAAAUAUUCAUCAUGCUACAGCCCAGCAAUGAGAAUGACCUGCAUUUGACAUGGGAAAAGAAUGUGUUGGCUGUUUGGGAUCUAUAAACAAGAAAUGAAUGAACAUUGAAAGAAUAUUAUGUGCUUACAAAACUAACUAAAGUCUUUAUUUUGA